UUUUACACCAGCGUGCGGCGACGUGUGGAAGGUCUGAAGCGGGAGGAGCUUAUGCACCUCCAUGUGCUCGUCGAUGGGGCAACGAUCAAAGAGAACUUUUGGCUUGCCUCUCUUCACGCACUCGCCACUGCGCCGUCACUUCCGUCAGGUGACAUUGUGCAGCCGGUGCUGGAGGCCUACAUGGCAUUUUUCCUCAAGUUUAAGGCAAAGCAGUGCGUACGGUACCUCUCGACCGUUGCCGAGUGGGCGUUUGGCGGUGCCGCCGAACAUUUUCUCAAUCGUGUAGAAAAACAACAACAACAGAAGGAUGAAAUGGAGGCUGAAGGAGACACGCGUGAAAGGGAUGACACAGCGUUGGUGCCCCGCACAACCGUUCACGGUUGGGUGCUUUUUUACGCUCUAUGCAACCACAUGUUGGAGAAACUGGGGUCCAUCAUGGAUUUUGGUUUUCCUGUUCUGCUGCCGUAUGUUGUUGGGACACUGACAGGAUACUGCUCCGCCACGCAACACGCCAUGCAACACGCGGCGGGUCUCAUUGCACUGACACUAGAAGGAGCGCUGGAUUGCGUGCGUCGAAUGGCGCUCGCGCAGACGGCUGGGCCUGAUCAUGACCACAGCGUGCCUAUGGACAACUACUUGGAGACGCCGGAGGUGUUUACUUCCGUCAUGCCGGCAGUGGUGCGGCAGUUAUCAAACCUGUCGUACUUGGCGGACGCCACACACGACUAUGCCUUCCGUGCCGAGCACCAUGUCGUCCCCGCCGUGCGGGCCCUGUUUCAGUCCCUCACAUCGUCCAAACUGCAGAGCAGGACGCAGAACGAGUUGCUGAAGGCACUGCGUCACCCGAGCCGUCAUGUGCGACGCAUGACACUUUUGUGUCUCGACGGUAUUUACGCCGAUGGCGGGGACGAGUUGGCAGCGCGGUUGAUGGCUGAGAUGUUGCCCGCCGUUGUGGAGAUGACUGAAGACCGCGAUGAUGAUGUUGUCGAACAGGCAAGAACACUCUGCAACAAUCUGUCGGCGAUCACGGGGCAGGACGUGCUGUACGCCAUGAGCUCGUAG